AUGUUGAAACCGAUAAGACUGGGAUUUUUGGCGGUACUGUCGCUGCUAUUGGUUGCAAUUCACCUGCCCAGUGCAAACACUUCACCCUUGGAGUUCUCCGGGCGAGAUCCGAAUGGCGGUCAUGGGUCACAUGGUAAAAUUGGCCUGGGAAAGCUGGGCGCUGUUGCUAGCGAGAGCUCAAUCUGCUCCCGCCAUGGAUCUGAUAUCCUGAAGAAAGGCGGAAACGCUGCCGAUGCCUUGGUUGCAACCGAAUUUUGUAUUGGCGUCGUAGGCAUGUACCACAGUGGAAUCGGCGGAGGUGGCUUCAUGCUCGUAAGAUCAGCAGAUGGUGAUUAUGAAUUCAUCGAUUUCCGAGAGACAGCCCCAGCUGCGGCAUUCGAGGAUAUGUACAAAAACAACGAGAAUGCUUCCAUCCUUGGCGGACUGGCAAGGUCAGACAAAUACACGCAGAACAAUGGGGGUCAAGCUAACAUCUAUACCAGUGGAGUACCGGGAGAAGUGCGAGGUCUCGAGUACAUCCACAAGAAAUAUGGCUCUCUUCCGUGGUCGACCGUUAUUCAGCCCGCUAUCCGCACAGCCCGUGACGGGUUCCCUGUCACAGAAGAUCUUGUUAGAUAUAUGGCAUCCGCUGUUGGUAGUGGAGAGGACUUCUUAUCUAAGAAUCCCACGUGGGCAAUUGACUUUGCUCCGAAUGGAACCAGACUUGGGCUGGGUGAUACCAUUACUCGACGCCGGUAUGCGGAUACUCUCGAGGCUAUUGCAGAGCGUGGCCCAGAUGCAUUGUACUCGGGCCCUAUUGCGGAGACUAUGAUCAAUGCGCUGCAGAGGGAAAACGGCACAAUGACGCUGGAAGAUCUUAAAAAUUACACAGUCGCUAUUCGGGAUAUCGCUCAGAUUGACUACCGUGGCUAUAAGAUCACGAGUACAUCGGCCCCAUCGAGUGGUAUUAUCGCUAUGAGUAUUUUGAAGAUUCUUGGUACAUACAAAGAUUUAUUCUCGACUGAAGCAUCCGUGAAUUUGAGCACACAUCGGUUGGAUGAGGCGAUGCGAUUUGGAUACGGCGAGAGAUCUAAUUUGGGUGAUCCCUUGUUUGUUGACGGGAUGGCCAAGUAUCAGAAGGAGAUUUUGGAGCAGGCUACGAUUGAUGACAUUCGAUCCAAGAUCUCGGAUGUGCGAACUCAAAACGUAUCUGCUUAUGAUCCAGCUGGACUGGAAAGCCUGGACACCCCUGGAACUUCGCAUAUCGCAGCAGCUGACCAUACUGGCCUCGCAAUCUCGGUAAUCACUACAAUCAACCUGCUCUUCGGUAGCCAUGUCAUGGUCCCAGAGACUGGUAUCAUCAUGAAUAAUGAGAUGAAUGACUUCUCCAUUCCUGGAUCAUCAAACUCAUUUGGAUACAUCCCCUCUGUGUCCAACUACGUUCGCCCUGGAAAACGCCCUCUUUCCUCCAUCACACCCGCGAUAGUUGAGCGACCCAAUGGCAAGCUAUUUUUGAUCGCGGGAUCCGCAGGAGGUAGCCGUAUCAUCACUGCCACUGUACAAAGUAUCAUACAUUCCAUUGAUCAGGGACUCUCCGCCGCCAAAGCGUUGGCCCAACCCCGUCUGCAUGAUCAGCUGGUGCCAAACCAGGUCAGCUUCGAAUACUCUUAUGACAACGCAACAGUUGCCUCUAUGAAGGCGCGCGGUCAUAAUGUUACUUGGGUUGCUCCAGGACAGAGUACUGCCCAGUUGAUUCGGGUCUUGCCCAAUGGGACAUUCGAUGCUGCUGGUGAGCCGAGACAACUCAACUCGGCUGGGUAUUCUGUAUAG